UCCCCUUACCCACUGCAUCCCCGUCUUGAGAUUGGCUCUUUUCCAUCACUCAACUUUGAUGACAACUCAUGCAUGGAAUUAAGCCGACACUUGCCUGAUAAUCUUCGAAUUUUGUCAACGCGAUAAAAGUGUAGCCGGAGACUCGGCACGCCCAGUAGAUGGCGGGCUUUGAGCCAAUUCUACAGUUUUAAUCUCUUCAUUGAAGACUUCUAGGUUCCUUCCAUUUGACCUGUCACGAACUCGCAACUUCCAUGGUCUCAGGUCACUCACAAUGCUCUACACCUCGCUUUGCGCCUCAACAUGCCACUAUCCUUUGUCCGCCUUUCCGAUGCGCCCAAGAAGGCGAAAGUGAUAAAAUCCGCCUUUGAAAGCGAGAGCUUCGAUAACGAUUUCAGAAUCCAGGUCGAUGGUUUGGUUGGAUCCGCAACCAUCUCACCUUCGGGUCGAGAUGUUGCUUUAGCAUCUCCUGAAGGUUUGGCCAUCAUAGACCUGGACUCACCAUGGAGUCCCCCGCGAAGGCUGAGCAGCCACGGCCUUCCGUGGCUCGUGGUUGAUGUACAAUGGUCACCAUUUGCGGCACGCGACUACUGGGUCGCCUCCACGGCAAACCAUCGCUGUCUGAUAUGGAACCUCAACAAGCGAGACGACUCGUCGUCGGGGGCUAUUGAACACUCCCUCCAAGCCCACAGCAGAGCCAUCACCGACGCCAAUUUCUCCGCUCACCACCCGGAUUCUCUUGCGACUUGUGCAGUCGAUGGAUAUGUCUACUGUUGGGACCUCCGGAGACCCAGACAGCCAGUUCUGGCCUUUUGUGAUUGGUUUGCCGGUGCCACCCAGGUCAAAUACAGUCGCCAGGACCCUAAUGUUUUGGCCUCUGCCCAUGACCGCUGGCUUCACAUCUGGGACUCCAGGAAGUCGGCCGAGCCACUCAAAACCAUCGACGCUCACACAUCCAAAAUAUACGGCAUUGAUUGGAACCGCACCGUAUCCACCGCCCUCGUUACGUGUUCCCUAGACAAGAGCAUCAAGUUUUGGGACUACGGCAAGGAUGACGAAAAGCCCCAGAGGGUAAUUCGCACCGAUUUCCCGGUAUGGCGAGCCCGGCAUACCCCUUUCGGUCAUGGUUUACUUGCGAUGCCCCAAACGGAGCCAGGCAACCUCUUCCUCUACGACCAAUACCUCGACCCCGAAACACCCGUAGAUGGCACGGUAGAGCCCGCGGCCGUCUUUGAGGGUCACGGCAGCCACAAGGCUAAAGAAUUCCUCUGGAGAAGCCGCGGUGGCGUGACCAACGAGGGCGUAGAUAACCGCGAAUUCCAGCUUGUUUCUUGGGGCGAGGAUAACGAGCUGCACCUUCACAGGGUUGAGCACGAGCUCCUAGAGUCUGUGGGCCACGUACGAGGAACGCCAUUGAUGAAAAACCUCGGCCUCACUCGAAGGGGUGCUCCAUACAAAACCUUCCGGACCGUCGAUGAUGCGGUCCAUCGCGACCGCAGGAGCCCGACCAUGAGUGACCGCCCAGGGAGUGGUGGCCUUCGACACAGUGCUCUCAGCAGCGGCUUAAAUGCUAGCAUCCGCCGUACCGGACCCUCAUGGCGGGCCACGUCCAUGAAGGCGAAAACGAACACAGGCAAGCACGUGGAUAAAACCCAGCUCCAGAUUGGUUGGAUGAAGGGCAUCACCAUGUCAAAGAGGAAGUCAGCUUCUGAUGGCCCCAGCCGGGCUGGUCCCGAGGAUUCGGGCCUGUUCGGCCACGGUUACGAUGGCGGCUGGGGCGAGCCCGAAACCAUCCAGGACGAGUUCCUCCGUAUCAGCAACCAGCUGCCUAACGUGAAGUGGGAAAACAUCGACAUGGAUUCCCUCGCAUUGAACGCUUCACUAAAGGGGCCGUGGGGCGUCAACCGCGAAACAAUCUUCAUCCAGGUCAAGGUGGAUAUUCCCUCCAGCUAUCCCAAGAGCAAGGCCCCCAGAUUUCUCGUCGAGAAGUCUUCGUUUAUGCCAGAAGAGACUCAUCGAAAGCUCGAGCAUGAACUUCACGAGCUCGCGGCCCGCUUCCUUCAGCGAAAGCAGAACUGCCUUUACACGGCCUUCACCUACCUGCUCGGGGAGGCCGACCUGGAGUCCAGCACGGCCUUCUUCCACAACGUCCGGGAUCUUGAAGAUGACGAUGCACUAGCAGAUGAGAGCUCGAGUGAGGAGGAUGAGAACGAUAUCCCCACCGGCGGCUCAGCAUCCAUGUCGCAGGAGCUUAGCGCCAGUACAGAACUGGACCCCUCGGCAACCCUCGUCUCAGCCCAGCGACAGGCGGUCACUCCGUUGCCCAUGUAUUGCGGAGCCAGGUUUUCCAACGACGGCAGGCUGGUGUGUUUCUUCCCAACGAAGGAGGAAAAGGCCAAGGCCCUGUUCGCUCCCGCCCAUCCGGACCCGUCUAAGGAGCGGCCGAAAGGGGAGCCCACGUUUGCUGGAUUCGGUCGUCUUUCCCAUGACUCGCCGCCACCAAAGCAGGGUUUCCACGAUGAGACGUCCGCAACGGACGAUCAAUCGGGAGAGUCUGAUGAUACGGACUCAACAACCUCUACUGAUUCUGAGCCCACAACAGUGCACAAAAUCAGUUUGUGGUACCAGCCAACGCGCCGUUUCCGAAAGACUUGGAGCGCCAACGAGUCCAUACGGUCAAGCGGCGGUGGGACUGGUGCCGGGACGGGCACCGGCACGGGAACAAGUCGGAAACGGCCCGGCAAGCCUAAAAAUAUCAUCUCUAUCCAUAAUUUACAAAGCGACCUGCCGUCAAAAAAGCAACUCGCUCAGGAAUACGCCAUCUUUGGCGACGGGGCUGACGUAUGCACUCACAACGCCGCGGUUGCCGACAAAUACGGAUACCAAGAUCUAGUUCAUGUCUGGAAGUACGCCGCCCUUCUGCUCCGGAGAGACAUCCCGCUAGAGAUACACGACCUCCAACACAGCGGACAGCCGGUGCUCGUGAUUGCCAAGGACGCCGUUUCCCGCGCGGAUGAGGAGGAAGGCGAAGGAGAGGCCACGAACACAGGAGCUAACCUGGCUGGUCGUGUCAGAUGGGGGUAUCAUCCGUUAGCUCGAGAUCUGAUCAACGACCUCUUCGACCACUUUGAGAAAAUCGCCGACAUCCAGAUGUUGGCCAUGUUGGCGUGUAUCUUUGGCGAUUACUCGAUCGAAGAGGAAGCAGCCAUCGCAGCGUCGCAUCUCCCUCAGCCAAAAACGCCGCUGCCUAUGAAGGCGCCGUCGUUCUCGCUCGAGUAUUUCCCUACCGACCCCGCGCUCUGGAACUUGAACAAGAGCCAGGCGAGUUCGGCCAUAACGACCCCCAGAACAGCCCACACCCCGGCCAUGUACUCGGACCCCCCGAGUUCUGAUGAAAUCCCGGGCUCUCUUGAACCGCAAUCGCACUCAUAUUCAUGCGGAGAGACGCCUCCCAAUCAUGCUCGAGACCAUCUACGGGGGGUUAACCAAACUCAAAGUCUUUCGACAUCCCCCAACAAUAGGUUAUUCCACCGGUCCAACUCGACCGUUGCUGCCGCAAUUGCUGCCAGUCUUCCGCGAGCGCUUGCUGGCAUGGUAUCGGGUUCUCCGCCGGAUCCCAUUCGCAAGCGGCCAAGCCCUGCCGAGACAAUGCUGGGCAACCUCACCCCUAACGCCCUUGCAUGGGCUGGCUCGACUGUGUCCGGCACUGGGCUAGAUACCCCUGGAACAUCACGAACAUCGUUCUCAGAAGAUGAAUAUUGGAAAGAUGACAUCUUCUCCAUGGUUCCCAUCGCAGUGUCCUGCAUCCCGAAAAACCAAGGUCUCUUCGACGAUGACGGCUGGAUGUCAACGCCUCUGAUAGACGACACCCACUUUCAACUCUACUCUAGCUACCGCUACGCCUACGCCGAGAUGCUCCAGAUGUGGGGCCAACCCCUCUCACGCCUCGAGAUCAUGAAAUUUGAUAUCCUCAGAGACGACACCCUCUCUUCCAGCACGGCCGCCGCCAGUCACUACACCGAGGACUCCGCGCCCAACAACACCCCGCUCUACGCCACUGGCGCCACGUCCCCGACGUCCCCUUUCGCCGACCGUCGCGGCUUCUUCCAAGAACUCCUCACGUCGGGCCGCGGCGUCGACGUAACGGGCUUCUGCCGCGUGCACCCAGGCGUCCCGCUCGAACCGGCAGAAUACCUCCGCCCGACACAGCCCGCCACCGCCGCCAGCAGCUCCGGCGCACACAGCUCCGCGGGCCACGGCCCCCACGGCCACGCUCCCGUCAUGAACGGCGCAGUCGGCGUCUGCCACCGCUGCACCGCGGAGCGCGAGCACGCCGACCUGGUGCCCCAGACCGAACUCGUGUGCGUCUACUGCUGGGAGCCCGCCGUCGGGCUCUACGCGCCGUGCAUCGCGUGCGGGUGCGUCGCGCACGAGACCUGCCUCGCCGAGUGGCACGCCCACGGCGCCAGCGAGUGCCCCGCCGGCCACGACUGCCACUGCGCCGACCUGGCCAGCAGCGAGACCCCCGGCAGCUGGGCCGGCCUGCGCGCCGCGGCGCUGCUGCUUACCGCGGGCGAUGGCCGUGGCGGCGAGCGGGAGAGGGGCGGCAGUGGCACCGGUGGUGGUGGUGGCGGCGGGGAUAGCAGCAGCGCUAAUACCCGCUCGGGCGGCGGCGGCGGCGGCGGCGGCGCGGCGUCCAGGUCGGCGCGGUCGAGGCGCAAGUCGGCCCCCGCGGAUGCCGCCAAGUUCCACAUCCUGCGCAGGAUGAACGACUCCCCCGCCACCACCAUCGGGUCGGGCGCCGGGACCGGAACCCCAACCGGGACCGGCGCCGGGAGCGGGACAGACACUGCCAGCGUCCGGUCCGGGGCGGGCGGCGGAAGCACCGGCACCGGCACCGGCACCGGCGGCGGUAGGAUGGGCGGCAGCGGCCCCACCGCGCGCAGGCGGGGCCACGACGAUAGCGCCAUCGACCGGACGGACCGUGAGAGCGUGGCCUCGCCCGGUCCGCAGCAUCAGCAACAUCAUCAGCAACAGCAGCAGCAGCAGCAGCAACAGCAGGGGAUCCCCUCAGUCACGGUCACGGGCGUCGCGGGCGGGCUGCUGGCGGGCGUGAAACCGCCGCCGCGCGGCGAGGAGCCCAUCUCGGCGGCGCAGCUAAGCUUGGGCAAGAGGUUGAAGAAGCAGCUGGAGGAUGCGGGGCGGCCGGGGGUGCCGAGGCGGAAUUCGGGGGGGUUGGCGAUGUGGAAGACGUCGAAUGGUGUGUGAUGUAAUG